AUGGGCGGCAAGGGGAAGCCCCUGAGGGUCCUCGUGGUCGGAGCAGGUAUCGCUGGUCAAGCAAUAGGUUUCUGGCUCCAACGCCUUGGCCACUCGAUAACCAUCAUCGAGAGAUGGAAUGCACUACGAACCGGCGGGCAGCAAAUUGACAUUCGUGAGCAAGGCAUAGAAGCCGUGAAGCGGAUGGGGAUUCUUGAUCAAGUUCGGGCGCGCGUCGUCGACGAGAAUGGCCUCGACAUAGUCGACGACAAGGGCAAGUCCGUCUUCUUCUUCCCCAGACACGAACCGGGCAGCAAGUCCCAAGGCUUCUCCAGCGAGUUCGAGAUUAUGCGCGAAGACUUGGUCCGCAUCCUCCACGACAGGAUAAAGGACAAAGUGACGUACAGGUUCGGCCUGUCUGUCCACGAGUUUGCCAACGUCGAUGACGUUGUCCGCGUCAAGCUCUCGGACGGCAGCCUGGAGGAGUACGACAUGCUGGUCGGAGCAGAUGGCCAAGGCUCCCGCAUCAGACGGGCUUUGCACCAGGAUGAAGGCGGAGACGAGCAGUUCCUGCGCCCGACCGGAUCAUUCUGCGCCUACUACGGCAUCGCCAGGAGACCCGGGGACGAGAACCACGCAACAGUGCACCUGGGCACAGAACGGCGCUUCAUCAUGACGAGAUGGCACAAGCCGGAUCUUGGCCAGGCCUAUCUCAUCACCCGCAGCCACGGAAGCCGGAUCAAGGAAGCCCUCCAGCGGGACGUCGCCGCGCAAAAGGAAACGUUUCGGGACAUUUUCCGAAGCGUGGCUUGGCCGCAAACCGACCGCGUGCUCGAGGCCAUGAGCACGAGCCCGGAUUUCUACGCCAACGAGGUGCUCCAGGUCUGCAAUAACAGGUGGUUCAAGGAAAGGGUAGUCCUCGUCGGAGACGCCGGCUACUGCCCUUCUUUGAUGACGGGCAUGGGCACGUCGGCAGCCCUUCUGGGCGCGUACGUCCUUGCGGGGGAAAUCGGCAAGCACGGAGGCGAGAACCUGGGCGCCGCAUUUGCGGGCUACGACGCAACGCUGCGGCCGUACAUGACCAAGGUUCAGAGGCUACCCUGGACGCACCGGCUUUACCCAGAGUCCAAGGCGGGAUUGAGCAUCUUUUACUUUUUGCUGGGGCUGGCGCACAAGGUGGGUUUGUACAAGCUUGCGCAGAGGCGUGCGGCCAAGGAGAGCGAGGAUAAGUGGGUGCUGCCCUUGUAUAAGGAGCUGCGUUCCGGGGAGUAG